CGCAUCCAUUUCAUCCAUUCCAUCUUCCAUUGUCAGGUGUGAAAGUAUUCCGAAGGCACCGUUGUUUAAGCUGACAUUAUUAUUUGCAAUAUCAUUUAUUUGGCAGUAUAUUUAUUUGAAAGACAGGCGCAGCCGUAAACACUAGAGUUAUGUGUACAUCAAAGUGCUCUUACCGUCUGCUGGUGUCUUUUAAGUGAAGGGAAUUGUGUGUGAGUGUGCGGCAAAUUUCAUCGGAUGGUCCAAGCUUGCGGACCAAAAGCAGCGCAAAGACGUUAACUAAUUCCCUCCAAAAGGUGAUUUGUUGAACUGCGCCAUGCCUUUGCUGGACAAAAAGCCCUUCGAGAGGAACAAGCCGCCGAGGGACUUGCGCAGCAGUGAUGAAGUGUUUUACUGCCCUCUCACCAAAGAAAUUUUUCGUGAUUACGAAGAGUACUGUGCCAGAAUCAUCUUAUGCAAUUCUCUGGUUUGGCAAUGCUCGUUAACGGGGCGCCCUCAGCUAACUUUUGAGGAAGCUUUGAAAUCUGAACAACAUGCCAAACAAAAUUUGAAGGAUUUUCCUAUGGAGCUCAAAGUGCCAGUGUUAUAUCUUGCAUCUAAAACACAUCGAACAGGCAUUCUUGAUCUAGUUGAAGAUGUUUAUAUUUAUGUCAGAGACCGCUACUUUGUUGGAGAAACGGUUGAAGUGUCUAUUACGGAAGGAGGUCCAUGGACUGAUGCAUACAUAGUGCAUGUCAUUGCACCCUCUGAUGAAGAAAUUGCCAAUCAGCCACCGCCUAGUGCUGAUGUCAAAGAUCCACAGCGGCAGUUCCAACCUCCAGCAUCAAUGUUCCGAUAUGAAGUUGAGCUCUCUGAUCGAACAGCUGAUGAUGUGAGUGAGGUUCAUACUUUGCCAGCUGCUCAAGUCCGUAGAAGGCCCCGCAUGUAUUCACGGGACCGUAAUCGGCUCUUCUUGAAGCAGUUUUUGGAGGUUGAUGGUGAUUGUAUUCUGAGGGUUAAGGAAAGCGAACUGAACAAGUACAAAAUUCGCCAGUACAAGUAUGACCAGAUUUUUGCUGGCAAUCCCCCAGUUUUCCCAUCUUCUCGGAGAGCUGUUAAAAGACUUCAGCAGCAACAACUUUUACUAACAAAGAGUCCUAAGAGAAAGUACACUAAACGGGCAAAACCUGACACUCCUCCACAAGGCACUCCCCCAGGCAAGAAGUCAAGGCAAGAAACAAUGCAGAAAUACAUCACAAUGACUAAAAAAUCUCCCAAUGGCAUGACCAAUGGGGCCAAGAGUGGAGGUUCGACUUCCCCUCAGAAGUCAUUGAAAGAUAAGUAUGGUAAAGCUGCCCUUUCUGGUAAAGUUAGAAAGAGACGCAAAUUUGAUGAUCCUCAACAACGAGAGCAAUUGAAAAUUAAAGCUAUUGAAGACAAGAAGAAAAGACGAGAAGAUAUGAUGAAAGAAAGAGCUGCUAAACGAGAGAAGAAAUUGGAGCUAGCGAAGUUCAUUCGGGAAUGGAACAGGCAGAGGGAAGAUUUGGAAUGUGAAGAUUUGAAAGUACUUCCUGUCCCAACACCUGUUGAAACUAAGAUACCUAACAAGCUGUUUGGGGAUGUCAUGAUGGCCAUGGAGUUCUUACAUACAUUUUCUGAACAAUUAAAAGUGAAAGACUUCUUCCCAAGCGGUGUUAGUCUUGAGCUGCUUGAGAGGAGUCUAGUUGAGCCCGAAGUAACUGGUCCGUUGAAUGAUUUACUGCAGCUCCUCUUAUCUGGCCUUUUUGAAAUGCAAGAGGAUGAGGAAGAAGCAUUGGAUGAGACAAAUCCUGUGGACCUAACAGAGCCUGUGUCUGGUAACAUGGAUGAAAAUGAUGUCGCCACAUCUGAAGCUCUGAGAGUUGCUUCCGCUGCAGCAGCCUGGAGUAAUACUUUCCAGGGUAAACCCCUCAGCAAGGUGGAACUAGAUUCUGUAGUUCUCACAGAGGUUCUCAGGUUGCACCUUCUUCAGUCAGGCAACCGAGCUGGAGAAAUGAGCACAGAAUGGAGGUAUCGUGAGCGAGGUGGUUACACAACCAGAGAUGAUCCAGGUCUUGUAUGGAAAAUGGAAAAUAUGAACAUUCUUAAAGCUUUGAGUACUACCAGUAUUUUUGAAUUGCCUCCUGAGGACAAACUCUCAGUUAUUACUUGCCUUAUAAAUCAGAUUAUGACUUAUGUUGCGAUGAGAGAUGUUAUAGAGGAACGUAUGGAAAAGACAAAACAAGUUCGUGUUGAGCUUCACUUUGCUGAUAGAGAAAUAAGCAAGAAGGAAAAAGAAAUGAUUGAGCAGUCUAGAAAGAAAAGGAAGAAGAACAAUGUAGAGCCAGAAGAACCAAAAGCCAAUGGUGAAAAUGAGGAGAGUGAAGAAGAGGAAGAAACAGCAGAGCAGAAGGCAACUCGUCUAGCUAGGGAGAAAAAGAACAAUAGUGACAAGCAACGAGAAAUUCAAAAGCGCAAAAAUCAAUUGAUGGACGAAAUGUUAAGUCAUGCUAAUCUCCCCAUUGGUACUGACCGAGCUCAUAGGAGAUUUUGGUUAUUUGCUUCAUUACCUGGUCUCUUUGUCGAGCAUGAUGAACGAUUUGCUGGCUCAUGCUUAGAUAAGCCCACUCCUCAUAAUCUGGAUCUUGUAAAAAUGGAAGACACAUUAUCUUAUGUUUGCAAAUUAUUUGAAGAAGAGCGGAAUGGAGGAAGUGACAAAGAAAAUGAUGGUGAAUCUGAAACUCAUCCAAUUGCUCCUAUUGGAAGCCCCAGCAAGAAACUUCUUUCAGAGAAGAACCACAAAGCGGGAGGAAGCCCAAUGAAAUCUCCAUCACAGCAGUCUAACACUCAAACAGCAGAGGAUGAAUCUAAGCCAUCAGUGAAUCAUGCAGCACUCCUAACUUGUAAUGCUGAUCCUGACUCAUGUCCUGUGCAUAGUGUAAAAGCAGAACGUACAACUUGGGGUUUCUAUUUAAAGGAUCAAGUUGACGAUCUGAUAGAAAGAUUGAGCACAAGAGGCCAUAGGGAAAGCGAAUUACGUACAAUGUUAGUUCAGAGUAAAGACCGAAUAGUUCACUCUGUAGAAUAUUGUCCCAUCUCUAAACUGAAUCCUAAUUUGACUGAGGAAGUUGCCGAAGUGCGGAAAUCUCAACGACAGAAGGAAGCAAAUCAGUACAAGGAUACUUUAUUGGGCCAUCCUGCUGACACUCCAUUGGAUGAAAUCUUAGAGUUAACUCUUAGAGACUUAAUUUUAGAGAUGGAAGAAAAGAUGUCUGUUGGUGGUCUGGGUUCUUUGAAAGUCAAGAACAGACAAGCUUGGCGAGAUACAAUUGCUGCUCGGGGUUAUGACAAGGAAUGUGACAAGCUGACAUGGCCUGGCUGUGAUUCAGAUGCUUACAGUAGUUCAAUUGUAGAUAAAAUUAAAUCUGAACGAUUUAGCAGGCCUGGAACGCCGGAUUCUACUGCUAGCAGUAGUAGAGAUAUUAAAGACCCACAUUGCUAUGUAAGAUUAGCAUGUGAGGUAGCAAACUUAGGUAGUUGUGACAUUAAACCAAAGUACUCAUGCAUCCGAAAUUUGGCCUCUGCUAUACUUCAAGUAUCUCAAGGUGUUGAUGAUCGAUACUUGAAGAAGCCUCUUGGUUUAAGUGACAAAGAAAAAGAGAAAUCCAAAGAAAAACAAAGGAAGAAUGAAGAACAGGAAGAUGGUGAAAAGGAGAAGGCCAAAGAAAAGGAAGGUUUAACUGUUCUCCAGAAGUGGCAGGUGUCACUCAUGACUUCAACAAGUUUUUCUCAGCUUUUCCUUCACCUCUCUACCCUUGAUUCAAGCAUCCAAUGGUCAAAAUCUGCUCUCAAUGCUAACUGCCGGUUGUGUCGACGAAGAGGGGAUCCAGACCAAAUGCUUUUAUGUGAUGGGUGUAACAAGGGUCAUCACAUGUAUUGCCUUAAACCUAAACUUACCAGUGUACCCAAAGGUGACUGGUUUUGUCCCACUUGUAAGCCAAAGGAGAAAAAGACACCUGCUAAAAAACCAAGGAAAGUAUUUGAUGAUGAUGAGGACAAUUUGGAGAGCAUACUGGAAUCUGAAGAACAGAUCGAAGUUAGUAAGGAGCCAUGCAAAUCAUGUGGUAAGGAUGGAUCUGACCUUCAGUGUGAAAAGUGUAGCAAAUGCUUCCACCUGUCCUGUGCUGAACCAAGACUGCGCAAAGCUCCUCGGGGAAAAUGGACUUGUGAAAAGUGUAAAAUCAAGGCAUCCAGUAGUAAAAAACCAGGUGAUACACCACCCGGAGACCGCUCCAUUAUGAGUCGCAGGCGAUGUGCGGCAAGAGCUAUAGAUAACAUCUCCCGAUUUGCCAAACAACUCCGCAACUCCAAUGGUGAUGAUGACGACCAUGAGGAUCCUGAACCCGAAGUGGAGAAUGAUGAAAGUGAAGAGCGGCAACUCCACUCCCGCAGACGAUGUGCGGUGAAGGCUGUUGCCAACAUCUCAAAUUAUGCCAAACAACUACGGAAUCAAAAUUAUGAUGACGCUCUCAAUGAUGAAGGUAUCUCUCGAAGACGCUCUCGCCGUUCAUUGGAUGUGGACACUGAUGACUUGCCCCUUGACAAUGCAGCCCUGCAAGAGCUUCUUGAGGAAAUCAUACGUCACAAAGAUGCAUGGGCAUUUACCCGACCAGUUUUGAAAUCGGAGGUUCCUGACUACCAUACUAUUAUCAAGCGUCCAAUGGACUUUGGAACCAUUCGGCACAAAUUGAAUGUGUUGGAUUAUCGAAAUACUAGUGAAGUCUUAGCUGAUGCCCUGUUGGUCUUUGAGAAUUGUGACAUGUACAAUCAACCAGAUACAGAUGUCUACAAGUCUGGUGUGAGGCUGAGAAAAUUCUUUGACAAGAAGUGCAGAGAAAAGAAUUUGCGCCUUAGGGAAGAAGAUGUGAAGAUGCCAGAUGCUAAGAAGAAAAGGUCCAGUCCCUAACAACUUUUUAGUUUUAAAUUGAAAAUACACAUAGCUCUCUCUUUUUCUCAUCUCCCUGUAUGCACACAUCUUCAACUCAUUCCAUCAGGCUUGUGGUUAUGUUUCUGAAUUAUUACUAUGAACUGAAUGAAUGUGCUUUUGUGUGUUCGUGUGCAAAUGUAUAAGUGCAAUCAAGCCUGAGUGUAGUAUCUUGCAAUUUUGAAUGUGGAAUACUCAAUUCACCCCACUUCUUAAAAUUUAAGUUAAUUUAUAGAUUGAAUUCCUAUGAGGAGAAGAUUUAAAGUUAUGUCUCUAGGAAAGGUGUACUUAAAGCAGAGACUCCAAUAGUGUUUCUUCACUUAUAGCGGAAAGACGCUUGUAUUAUAUUAUUGAUAGAUUGGACUUCAUUGUACCAUAUUGUAACUGGUUUUCCAAAGUAUGCGUGGUUUUUAAAAUUAUUAGUAUUUAUGACAACAGUUUAUGAGUGAUAAAUUGCAAUUACACAUGUUGAUUUGCAUAAACGAUUUUGUAAGGAAAAUGAAAUGAAAUGGCAACAACAUGUGUUAACAUUGUAAACCUUUGCUACCUGUUUUAGUUAAAAAAUUUGCUUUCAUUUUGGAAAGAGCUUUUUAUUUAAUUUUUGUCUCUAACUAUGAAAAAAAACAACUUGAACCCAGUGUUAAUCAAUUAGUACCUUAUAAUAUUUUAUGACUAAUUCUAGUUAAUGAAUCUUCAUUGUAGUGUUCAUUAUUGUCCCAAGUAUCAUCAAGUUAAAGGGGUCAUGCAUAUUUAUUCUUUGUUUCACAGAUUGAUUAACUAGAUAAACAAUUGUAUUAUUUUUGACACUUUUCCGUUCGAUAUUUAAUUUGUAGUUUUAUUGCAGUGAGAUUGUGUUUGUUGCUUGGCAAAAAAAACCAAUUUAAAAUGCAAAAUAAAAUAAAAAUUUGUAAAGAAAA